AUGGUGUGGAAAGGCCUUCUCAGAGCACUGCACAUCCCCAAACUGUCCCUAUCCUGCGUGGGGCCCUGGCCUCCUACGGUCCCCCGAGGCCCGGCCGCGUCUUCCGGCGGUGCUGGCCGAUGGCCUCCGCUCUCACCGCCCCCCUCGGUCCUGGACCUCGUGCAUCCCGGCCUCGUGCCAGACGCGGCACCCCCGACCGCCCUCCCGCUCCCACGGUCCUUGGACCUCACAGGUGGCUGCGCUCGCGGUGGGGGCGGCCUGGUGCUCGGCGCGGUGAGGGCGCCUCCAUUUUCUCCCCCCAGCGGACUCGACGCGCAGCGGUCCGAGUUUGAUUUUACUUGCAGCCUUUGUCCGUACGCAGGUUGGGGAGGGGGCGGGGGGGAAACCUCGGUGCAGACCUCGCUGUCGGGGCCCGGCCUCGUCUCGGCGGUUCCGCGCCUCCCCGCGGCUCGGGCAGGAAGAGACAGCCACGGCAACUCGCCAGAACGGCCAGGGUCCGGAGGCAGCCGGCGGCCGCGAGGGGGGCUCGCCGCGGGGGAGGGGCCGGCGCAUCCGGGUGAGCGCGCGGCGCCCCCGCCUCCCCCGCGCAGCCGCACGGGCCGCCACGCCGCGCACGCCGUGCGGACCGCGCCCGAGCGGCCUGCGGGGCGGCCCUGCGGCCUGGCCCCCCGCGCUCCGGGGGCUCCGAGCGAGCGGCGACAGCCGCGGUAUGCAGGACGGCCCCGACUAGCGCGCCGAGCCCCGGGAGGCCUGGCGCGGAGGCGGGGGCGGGCGCGGCGGAGGCGGAGCCCGCUCGGGGCCCGCCCGCCCGCCGGGGGAGCCGCCGGCAGUGGCCGAGGAGGCGGCGCGGCGGACGGCGGCCCGAGAGUAGCGCCCGCGCUGCGGCCCGCGGGACCGCGCCGCGACCGCCCGGGCUCGGCCCGGAGGAGCGCCCGCCGCUGCCGCCGCCGCGCGCUUGGAGCGAGAGUGAAGCUCUUAGCCUGUUGCUCACCACAUCUCACCCUCGAGAUGCUCCUACUGUGGCAGAGAGGCAGAUGUUCAGACUUCUUAGAGGAGCAUAGUGACCUCAUACGGUGAAGCCAAAUUACGCUGUGAUGUUUGACCUGGUUUACCUGUUCUGAUAAUUGGGGAGAGAGUUGAGUUGAAUAAUCUUUGCCUGAAAUGGCACUGUAUUUUUUCUGCUUUGGAGAGUACUCAGUUCUAACUUGUGAUUAUUGAUAGAGAAGCCUUUCUUCCUCUCCCACCACCCUACUUCCCCAGCCUAGAGAAGAA